AUGCGUGGGAAGAAGAUGACCGUUGAGGCUCUCAUCGUCGUAGGAGGGAAUGAUGGGACACCUGCCCGUUGGGGUUUGCGGGAGGUAAAGAGUGAUAGAAAUUUGGGUACGUACAUGAGGUUUGCAAGCACACCUGGUGCUGCUAUGUACGGAGAGCCCAUGGUGUACGUUCAGUUUAUAUCAGGUGAUGAUGGUGCCGGAAGCAAUACCGGCGCUGGUGAAGAGGAGAUGGCCAUCAUCACAGGACCGAGCACCGUUCAAUCGGACCAUUUGGCCCUGACUGCAGCAGGCAUGAUAGGCCAAUCAGAGCAAGCGGCACUGACUGCAGGCCAUAGCACCGGCCCAUCGGAGCAGAUGGUCGCCCAGUUUGCUGCCGAGACAGGAUACUGGUCCGCGUUCGUUGAUAUUAGCGAGCGUGUGGAGGGACUGCCGGAGGCAUUGGACGAUGACGCUCGUUCUUCUUCGUCUGAAUCCUCCUCGGACGAAGAAGGUGCCGGUCCUUCCCGGAGGGCGGUUGCGGCACCAAUGGACCCUGAGUUCUUAAAAACAAUGACCAUCAGCAAUGAAUUCCACUCUGUUCCAGGCCUAGGGGAAGACAGUCUGCAGGUUGGGCAAACUUUGCCAGACAAGGACUCGGCUGACCAAGCAAUCAAGAGGUAUGUGUUGGCCAUAUCUCGGCAACACAGAGUGAAGCAGUCUGAUCGAAGGCAGCUGAAAGUCAUAUGCGUCAAAUUGAAUGAGGAGGGUUGCAUGGGGAGAGUUAUCGCUCGGGUGAGCCCUGGGGUAUGUCAGCCAUGGCAUAUCUCAAAAAUAGAACCCCAUAGCUGCGAGCAAUUGGGGGCUCUCGACAAGCACCGCAACGUCACUGCAAAAUAUGUAUCACAUAUCAUGCAAGUGGCGGUGGAAGAAGAUAUAACCCUUGGUACAAAGAAGCUGCAAAAAACCGCGGAAGAUCUGAUUGGCUUCCCGGUCAGCUUUAGUAAGGCAAGGCGGGCGAAGGAGGAGAUUUUUCAGAGAUUGUAUGGCACCUAUGAGGAGGCAUAUGAUCUUGCCCCGAGACUACUCCAUCAGAUAGCAGCAACUAACCAGGGGACUCAAGUGGUCAGGAGAGUUCGUCAACACCCUCUGGAGGAAAACCAAGAAAUCCUUGAUCGUUUAUUCUGGGCAUUCCCCCAGACUAUACGUGCAUUCCAUCACUGCCGCCCUGUGCUGUCAAUAGAUGGUACCUUUCUCACAGGAAAGUACAAGGGCACACUCUUGGUGGCGAUCGCAGCUGACGCAAAUAAUCAGCUCUUGCCUAUUGCCUAUGCACUUGUCGAGACUGAAAACAAAGAUAGCUGGUUAUGGUUCCUCGGCUGCUUGAAGAUGGGAGUCGUGAUAGAUCGGCCCGAUGUUUGCAUCAUAUCAGAUCGCAACACAGGCCUUUUGAGCGCUCUCGAAAUAAUCAAGAAUUCAUCGGACCCUCUCUGGGGGUGGCCCGACCUGGAGACAAGGUGGUGCAUGAGGCACCUGGCUGCCAAUUUUUACUCAAAGUUCAAGAACAAGGACUGGUUCAAGCUAUUUAAGAGGAUGUGCAUGCAGAAGACUGAGGCGAAGAUGAAUGCUAUUUGGGCUGGAAUCAACAAAGAAAUUGAGAGUGCUGCCUUGCCGCCGAGAGAAGACCGGAGGGGCCGGAGGACUGAAAUAAAUUUGAGUACAUGGAUUAAUCAGAACUGCCCUGAUUUAAGUAAGUGGGCGCAAGCUCACGACUCAGGGGCUCGGUACGGCAUAAUGACCAGCAACAUGUCAGAGGUUUACAAUGGCGUGCUGAAAGGUGUGCGAGCCCUCCCUAUCACAGCCUUGAUUACUGAAACUUGGUCACUGUAA